AUGGAGAACACCCGCGAUGAGAGCGAUACCGCUGAAAAAGUGAUCGCAUCAGCCCUUGCGCCAAUGGCUGCCGGUUUCGAAGUCAAGUCUAGCAAUCGUACGGCGCGUGUAUCCUCAGUGACACCUCCCCCGUGCAACGUCAAAUCCCCUCCAGCGCAGACCACGACCGGCGAGCCGUUCGACCUCCAGCACACUGCUGCGAUCCUUCACCCUCCAACGGAGAGAGUUCAGACCACGACCGCCAGUUCGUUACACACCGUCGUGAUUCCAUGCGAUUUCGAGUCUCCGGGGGGUAAGCCCACCCUUUUCUCAAAGAAGCCUCAGUUCAACGACCACGCCAUGUCGAAUCAGUCUACAGGUGGAACACGUGAAAAGGAGCAGGGUGGACUACUAGCAAAGGAGAAGGCAACGAAAGCUUCUAGCCCCAUCGAGCGCCUCCCCGCCGAACUUCUCCACGACAUCUGCACUCGCCUAGACAUUAGCGAUCUCAAGGCAUUCCGGGGCGUCAACAAGCGCUUCUCCGACAUCGGCACCGAGCAUGCCUUCUCCCACAUCACCGUAAACCUCUUGAAAGACAGCUACGACUGA